AUGAAUUAUUAAUAAAUAGAAGGCGCUCAAGAAAUUGAGGAAUUCAAUUUUGUUUAAGCAAAGAAAAAAAUAAAGAAGCCAAAAAAAGUAAUAGCAUAGCCUCAAAGUGACAUAACCUUUACCUGUCCUGAUGCUGCAAAACCAUAAUAAACACUAUUGGAUAUUAUUUUGGACAACUUGCCUUAGAGUGAGUUAUAUGAGCGAUCAUUAAUGCACAGAGAAAACAUAAACAUUGUAUUAUCUGCAUUUAAGUCCCACAUAAUUAUAACUGUGUCAACAGAUGGACAUAUUAAGAUGUGGAGAAAAGUGUUUAGAUUGGUUGAAUUCAUAAAGCAUUUUAGAGCACACACAGGAAUAGUCACUUGUGCAACGUUGUCUGAUGGACAUGACAAGAUGGCAAGUGUGUCUCCUGCUGAUCGAACAAUCAAGAUUUUUGAUAUUUUGAAUUAGGAUUUAUUGGAUAUGAUUAAGCUUCCAUUCCAACCAUACGGGUGUGAGUUUGUGGAUACAGCGGAUGUACAAUAAUAGUUAUUAUUAAUCAGUGAUGGUAAUAGUGGAGAUAUUUAUGUUACUGAAAGUGGUAAAAUAUUGAGAAUGGUAAAAAUACAUAAUCAACCUGUUAAACAAUUGAAGUAUUUGUCUAAUUUUCAAUUCAUGUUAACUAUCGAUACAACUGGUAGAAUGGAAGUCUGGGAUCCCAUUACUUAGGACUUUCCAAAAUAAGCAUAUGCAAAACCCCAAUUCAAAAUUACUUACUCAAGCAAAGUAGGCACUGAUUUAUACGAAUUGAUGUAGCAUAAAUUACAAUGUUUUGGAUUGUGUGUGAGUAACAAGCAGAACCUUAUUGUAUUGUAUGUUUCUGACAAGAAAUUAAGAGUAUUUAAUAUUUAAACGGGUAAGAUAAUUCUUGUAAUGGAUGAAUCAAUCGAAGCUAUUACAAGUAGAUAAAACGACCAAGCAAAUUAUCCCAUUUUACACAUUGAAUAAUAAGAUUUUGAAAGAAGACUAUUAAUUGAGAAAGACAUAGAUAAACAACCUGAGUAGUUAAAAUAAAUUACUAUGUGCUUUGAUGAAACUGAUUCAAUAUUGAUAUAUCCUACUUUUAUUGGAAUCAAGUUCAUCCACAUCAAGACAGGGGAACUUGUAAAGCUUUUAGGGAAGAUGGAAAGUAGUUCAAGAUUCAUGAGAGUUGCAUUGUAUUAAGGACCUGCCAUGAAGAAUACUUAAAAUGAAUAGUCUCAUAGUUCAUUAAACAGAAAAGAAACUGAUCCAUCUUUGUAUAUUAGUGCUCAUAAAUCAAACAAAUUUUAUGUGUUCUCUCGUAGAAUCCCUGAAGAUCUGGCAGAUAAACCAUGGGCAGUAGCUAGAGAUGUAUUGAAUGAACCUUUGAAUAUGAUUCAGCAAAGCAUUAGUGUGAUGUCUGACAAUAAAAAUAAAACUUUGUCUGGAUGUUAAGCCAUUAUUCAAACAACAUUUGGUGAAAUCUACAUCAAUCUAUUUCCAAAUGAAACACCUAAAACAGUUGAAAACUUUAUUCAACACUCUAAAAAUGGGUAUUAUGAUGGCUUGAUCUUCCAUCGAGUUUAAUAAGGGUUUAUGAUCCAAACUGGUUGUCCUAAGGGAAAUGGAACAGGAGGAGAGUCCAUUUGGGGAGGAGAAUUCCAGGAUGAAUUCCAUCCAGAAUUAAGACAUGACAAACCAUUCACAGUUAGUAUGGCUAAUGCAGGUCCAAAUACUAAUACAAGUUAAUUUUUCAUAACUGUUUGUCCUACUCCUUGGUUGGAUGAUAAACAUACAAUUUUUGGCAGAGUGUAUAAAGGAAUGAAUAUUGUAGUUUAGAUUAGUGAAGUGGAAACUGAUGAUUUCGAUAAACCUCUUAAUGAUAUCAAAAUUAUAGCAAUUAAGAUUUUAUGA